AUGUCGUCUGAGCUCUACCCUCCCGUUGCCGCCAGGCUUGGUGCGAAAGAUGAGCCCAUGAUCAGUCUCGAGCUCCAAGAUGGCACGGUCUACCAGGGAUACAGCUUCGGCGCGAACAAGAGCGCGGCGGGAGAGUUGGUCUUCCAGACUGGCAUGGUGGGGUACCCCGAAUCAAUAACAGACCCCUCAUAUCGUGGCCAGAUCCUGGUCAUUACGUUCCCUCUGGUUGGGAACUAUGGUGUGCCAUCGCGCGAAACGAUGGAUGAGCUUCUGAAGGAUCUGCCUGCACAUUUCGAAUCUUCUCAAAUACACAUCGCCGGUCUCGUUACUGCUUCUUACUCCGGGGAAGACUUUUCGCAUUACUUGGCUACCUCAUCACUGGGAACUUGGUUAAAGGAACAAGGAGUUCCCGCCAUCUAUGGAGUUGAUACCCGAGCAUUGACGAAGAGAAUCAGAAAGGAAGGGAGCAUGCUUGGGCGAAUGCUGCUCCAGAAGGAGGCCCCGAUCAAUGGCACUUCCAAUGGAUUAUCCAACGCCAUCACUGCCCCCGAAUCAUCUAAGAACUGGAGGGCCUAUUUCGAGACUAUUGACUGGGUCAACCCGAACGCGAAGAAUCUGGUUGCAGAUGUGUCGAUAAAGGAACCCAAACUUUACACCCCGAACCCAUCGAAUGCACUUAAGCAUCCCUCCGGCAGACCUGUACGUGUUUUAUGUUUGGAUGUGGGAUUGAAAUAUAAUCAAUUGCGGUGCCUGCUGAAGCGGGGGGUGGAAGUCCUCGUGUGCCCAUGGGACUAUGAUUUCCCAAACCUUGCUGGCAAGGACUAUGAUGGUCUCUUCAUCUCCAACGGUCCCGGUGAUCCUGCACUGAUGGAGAAGACGGUCAAGCACAUCGCUUCUGCGAUUCAAGAAAACCGAACACCCAUUUUCGGUAUCUGUCUGGGUCAUCAACUCUUGGCCAGAGCUGCCGGCGCGCGUACCGUGAAAAUGAAGUUUGGAAACCGUGGUCACAACAUUCCUUGCACGAAUAUGCUGACUGGGAAAUGCCACAUCACUUCACAAAAUCACGGUUAUGCUGUAGACGCCGCCAGCCUACCCGCGGACUGGAGUGAACUGUUCGUUAAUGCCAACGAUGGCAGCAACGAGGGUAUUCGGCACAUCAGCAGACCAUACUUCAGUGUUCAAUUCCACCCCGAGAGCACAGCUGGGCCACGAGAUACCGAAUUCCUGUUCGAUGUUUUCGUAGACACUAUCAUGGGCACCAUUGCGGACAGUCAACUCCUCACAGCCCCGGUCCAUUUCCCAGGAGGCGAGGCCGCAGAGAAUGCACGUCUGCACCCAAGGGUCCAUGUCAAGAAGGUUCUUGUUUUGGGUAGUGGAGGUCUCAGCAUUGGCCAAGCCGGAGAAUUUGACUACUCUGGUAGUCAGGCGAUCAAGGCUCUGAAAGAGGAGGGCAUCUACACCAUCUUGAUCAAUCCCAACAUUGCCACAAUCCAAACGUCGAAGGGCUUGGCUGACAAGGUGUAUUUCUUGCCUGUCAAUGCAGACUUUGUGCGGAAAGUCAUCAAGCACGAGCGACCCGAUGCCAUAUACGUUACCUUUGGAGGACAGACGGCUUUACAAGUUGGUAUCCAGCUGAAGGACGAGUUUGAAUCCCUCGGUGUCAAAGUUCUGGGAACUCCGAUUGAUACGAUCAUUACCACCGAAGACCGAGAACUGUUCGCACGGAGUAUGGAGUCCAUUGGCGAGAAGUGUGCAAAAUCUGCGUCUGCGAGCACAGUCGAGGAGGCCAUGCGCGUCGUCAAAGAUAUUGGGUUCCCAGUGAUUGUCAGAGCGGCAUAUGCUCUGGGUGGACUUGGCAGUGGUUUCGCCGAUAAUGAACGAGAAUUGCUUGCCCUCUGCAACAAGGCCUUCGCCGCGAGUCCACAGGUCCUCAUUGAGCGCAGUAUGAAGGGAUGGAAAGAAAUCGAAUACGAGGUCGUCCGAGAUGCACGGGACAAUUGUAUCACCGUCUGUAACAUGGAGAACUUCGAUCCUCUUGGAAUCCAUACUGGAGAUUCAAUUGUGGUGGCACCCUCGCAAACAUUGUCUGACGAAGACUACAACAUGCUCCGGACGACUGCAGUCAAUGUUAUCCGUCACCUUGGGGUUGUGGGCGAGUGCAACAUCCAAUACGCACUAAACCCGUUCUCUAAGGAGUACUGCAUCAUUGAGGUCAACGCCCGAUUAUCUCGAUCCUCUGCCCUCGCAUCGAAAGCUACCGGAUACCCAUUAGCGUUCAUCGCAGCUAAGCUUGGUCUGGGCAUUCCUUUGAACGAGAUCUCCAACACGGUCACUAAGGUUACGUGCGCCUGUUUUGAGCCGUCCCUUGAUUAUGUCGUUGUGAAGAUGCCAAGAUGGGAUUUGAAGAAGUUCACUCGGGUUUCUACCCAGCUGGGUUCAUCAAUGAAGAGUGUUGGUGAAGUCAUGAGCAUAGGACGAACGUUCGAAGAAGCAAUCCAAAAGGCCAUUCGCUCCAUUGACUUCCACAAUCUCGGCUUCAACGAGACUAAGGCUCUCAUGUCAAUUGACGAUGAGCUCCAAACGCCCUCGGACCAGCGGCUGUUUGCGAUCGCCAACGCCAUGCACUCUGGCUAUUCCGUCGACAAGAUCUGGGAAAUGACCAAGAUCGACAAAUGGUUCCUGAACAAGCUGAAAGGCCUCAGCGACUUCAGCAAGAUGAUGUCCACCUAUAACGCGAGCACGGUCACCCCAAAUCUCAUUCGUCAAGCCAAACAACUUGGUUUCUGUGAUCGACAGCUUGCCAAAUACCUUGACUCAAACGAACUUGCCGUCCGACGGCUGAGAGUUGAAGCUGGAAUUGUACCGGUUGUGAAACAAAUCGAUACGGUAGCGGCCGAAUUCCCAGCUUUCACGAACUACCUCUACCUGACCUACAAUGGAUCCGAGAAUGACAUUACAUUUGAAGAUCAUGGUGUGAUGGUUCUCGGUUCUGGCGUUUACCGUAUUGGUUCGUCCGUGGAGUUCGAUUGGUGUUCUGUGAGAGCUAUUCGAACCCUUCGUCAAUCUGGCUUCAAGACUGUCAUGGUGAACUACAAUCCGGAGACUGUCAGUACCGAUUACGAUGAGGCUGAUAGGCUUUACUUUGAGAACAUCAACCUUGAGACCGUUCUCGAUAUCUACGAGAUGGAAUCCUCAAGCGGCGUUCUCAUAGCGAUGGGUGGCCAGACCCCGAACAACAUUGCUCUUCCGCUACAUCGUCUCAACGUCAAGGUUCUGGGCACCUCGCCGGAAAUGAUUGAUACCGCAGAGAAUCGUUACAAGUUCUCACGUAUGCUUGACAGAAUUGGUGUUGAUCAGCCAACCUGGAAGGAAUUGACAAGCUUUGAGGAGGCGAAGGACUUCUGUAACAAGGUCUCGUACCCGGUAUUGGUUCGCCCAUCUUACGUCUUGUCCGGUGCUGCCAUGAACACGGUCUACUCGGAAGCCGAUCUUGAAUCCUAUCUCCAGCAGGCCGCCGAGGUUUCCCGAGAGCAUCCUGUAGUCAUCACGAAAUAUAUCGAGAAUGCGAAGGAGAUCGAAAUGGAUGCAGUUGCUAAGGACGGUAAAGUAGUCGGCCACUUCAUCUCUGAACACGUCGAAAAUGCUGGUGUUCAUUCUGGUGAUGCCACUUUGAUAUUGCCGCCCCAGGAUCUUGAGCCGACGACGAUCCAGAGAAUUGAGGAAGCCACACGCAAAAUCGGGGAUGCACUAAACGUUACCGGACCUUUCAAUAUCCAGUUCAUCGCCAAGGACAAUGACAUCAAGGUUAUCGAAUGCAAUGUCCGAGCGUCUCGAUCAUUCCCCUUCGUGUCGAAGGUUAUGGGUGUCGAUCUGAUUGAAAUGGCGACCAAGGCGAUUAUGGGGAUCCCAUUUGUUGAAUAUCCCCCAACCGCGCUACCACCCAACUGCGUUGGUGUAAAGGUUCCUCAAUUCAGUUUCUCUCGGCUUUCUGGAGCCGAUCCUGUGCUGGGUGUCGAAAUGGCUUCCACGGGUGAAGUUGCAUCCUUCGGUGUUGACAAGUACGAGGCAUACAUCAAGGCCCUCAUAUCUACGGGAUUCAAGCUACCCAACCGUAACAUCUUGCUUUCCAUCGGUUCAUACAAGGACAAGAAGGAGAUGCUCCCAUCGGUCGUGAAGCUUCAGAAGUUGGGGUUCAAGCUCUUCGCCACUGCAGGUACAGCCGAUUUCCUCCAAGAGCACGAUGUUCCGGUCCAAUACCUCGAAAUUCUCGGAAACGACGAUGAUGACCAAAAAUCGGAAUUCUCUCUGACACAACAUCUUGCCAACAACAUGAUCGAUCUGUACAUCAACCUUCCAUCGAACAACCGAUACAGGCGACCUGCAAAUUACAUGAGCAAAGGCUACCGGACGAGACGAAUGGCUGUGGAUUACCAAACUCCGCUGGUUACCAAUGUGAAGAAUGCCAAGAUCCUGGUUGAAGCCAUUGCCAGACAUUUCGAUCUCCAGGUUCGCCCAAUAGAUGCCCAAACCAGUCACCGGACGGUUGUACUUCCUGGCUUGAUCAAUAUCGCCGCAUUUGUGCCAGGAAUCGCGACCCCUGGCAGCAACGACUUCCAGGUUGUCACGAAAGCUUCCAUCUCAGCAGGCUUCAGCAUGAUCCGUAUUAUGCCUCUCGGACUCGAGGGGUCGCUCACAGAUGCCAUAGCUCUCAAGACUGCCCAGCUAAACAGCAAACGAGGAGCCAGCUGCGAUUACAACUUCUCCGUCGCUGCAACAUCUGCCAAUGCUGAUCAAAUUAGCCAAGUGACUGGUGAGGUCGGGUCUCUCUUCAUCCCCUUCAACCAUCUCUCGGACAAUAUUAGCAAGGUGGCUGCUGUAACCGCACAUUUUGAAUCAUGGCCCAGCUUCAAGCCCAUCAUCACCGAUGCCAAGAUGAUUGACCUCGCAUCUAUUUUGCUUCUCGCUAGUCUUCACAACAGGAAGAUCCAUGUCACCAGCGUUACGACCAAAGAAGACAUUAAACUGAUCUCAUUGGCCAAAGAAAGAGGACUGAAGGUUACGUGCGAUACGGCCGUGUACUCCCUAUUUUUGACGCAGGAUGACUUCCCACAAGCUAAGUUCCUGCCGACGGUGGAAGACCAGAAGGCUCUCUGGGAGCACAUGAGCACCAUUGAUGUUUUCUCAGUUGGAAGUCUGCCGUAUCAGCUUGCUCACGUUGCGAAGCAGGAGCUGAACAGCGCUAUUGGAAUCGCUGAUACAUUGCCGCUACUCUUGUCAGCCGUGGCCGAUGGGAGGUUGACUGUUGACGAUAUCAAAGCACGCCUUCAUGACAAUCCAAAAGAGAUCUUCGAACUUCAUGACCAGGUCGGAGCAUCUGUGGAGAUUGAGGUCGACAGGCCUUAUACAGUUAGUCCGAGCCCCAUCUGGUCGCCGUUUGUUGGGAAGACUAUGUAUGGUGCUGUUAAACGUGUCAUUUUCCAAGACAAGACGGCCUGUCUGGAUGGCGAAGCUUGCGAAAACGUUGAAGGAAAGGAUAUGUCUUCACAUCUCAUUGACUUGCACCUGUCUACGCCAAUGUCUCCAGUGGUUAAAGCUGCUGUUUCUCCGGUAGUUACUCCUCGACCGGACAGCUCUUCUGGCAGAAGGCAGUCUAUGCUGGCAGCGCCAGCAAUGCGUGCCGCUACUCGUUCACGAUUCCUCGACGGUGCUUCUGCAGGCAUUCAAUCACCCCCUAAUCGGUCUGCUAUCUCCGAGGACCUCGGCCCAGCUUUAUAUCCUCAGCCGACCGUCUCGCCUUCACUUCAAUCACUGCUCGGCCAGUCGCCAUUCAAGAACCAGCACAUCCUAUCAGUGAACCAAUUCACUCGUCAAGAUUUGCAUCUGCUCUUCACUGUCGCCCAAGAAAUGCGGCUUGGUGUCCAGAGAGAAGGUGUGCUUUCAAUUCUGAAAGGUCGUCUUCUUUGCACAAUGUUUUUCGAACCUUCGACCCGUACAUCUGCUUCCUUCGAUGCCGCAAUGCAACGACUCGGUGGCCGGACCGUCGCAAUCACCACUUCGCAUUCGUCAACUGUCAAGGGUGAAACUCUCGCCGAUUCUAUUCGCACGCUUGGCUGCUAUGGAGACGCAAUAGUCCUACGACACCCCGAGGACAGCAGUGCAGAUGUAGCUGCGAAGUAUAGCCCGGUUCCAAUCAUCAACGGUGGCAACGGCAGCAAGGAACACCCCACUCAAGCCUUCCUGGACCUCUUCACCAUUCGUGAAGAGCUGGGUACCGUAACUGGCCUUACCAUCACUUUCACUGGUGAUUUGCGCUAUGGCAGGACCGUUCAUUCGUUGGUGAAACUUCUUCAACACUACGAUGUACAGAUCCAGCUAGUUUCGCCUCCAUUCCUCUCCCUGCCAACCGAGAUCCUUGAACUCAUCAAAUCCAAACCUGGACAGCUUCUAUCCGUGUCGACCGAAUUGACUCCAGAGAUUGUUGCUAGGUCAGAUGUUCUCUACUGCACCCGGGUACAGAAAGAAAGAUUUGAGGAUCUAGAGCAGUAUGAGAGGCUGAAAGACACCUUCAUUAUCGACAACAAAACCUUGAGGAAUGCGAAGGCCCACAUGGUAGUCAUGCAUCCCUUGCCUAGAAAUCGGGAGAUUGGGGAAGAGGUGGACUUUGAUCAGCGGGCUGCAUACUUUAGACAGAUGAGAUAUGGUCUUUAUUGUCGCAUGGCAUUGUUGGCUUUGGUGAUGGCACCGUAA